CCUCAGUUGCUGACUGUUAAGUGCCCAGUGCAAAGCUCUACAAAAAUCAAAUCCCUAUCUUAAACCAAAGCGUAAGCUAAACAAUUACGUCUGUUUACGGCUAGUGACAAAUAAAUUAAAAAAGUCUUUACAUACAAACAAUAACAGAGAUAACAAUAUAUAUAAAAUUAUUAUAUUUAUAUAUAUCAAAAUGUUCGCGGAAAAAGUUUGUGUUGCUCUCGCGUUGAUCGUCUGCGUUGCUGAAGCGGCUGUUUACUCUCAGCCUGCUCUCAUUCAUACUGCGCAUCCAGGCAAAUGCUUCGAUAAGCUGACCAGACGCUUCAUGCUCCCCGACAAGGAAUACAAGCCGAAGGGCAUCUGUGCCGCCAUGACGUGCGACAUUGAGGCGCGUCAGAUCAAUAUCGAGACCUGUCCCUAUAUCGAGAUGCCCGGCUGCGAGGAGCUUCCCAGUGACCUCAACUGGAGCUUCCCCAAAUGCUGUCCGCAGUUCAAGUGCGUCGACUUUAAGACCGGCAAGGAGUUUGUCGUCUCCGUCUAGGCGACUGUCUUCCAGUGAUCCAACGGGGGUCCAGCUGGGGGAGGGGCCUCAACCUGAAACGUGAUUUUACAUAAAAUGUAUUCGUAGUUUUCUAGUAUGUAUGUGUGUAUAUGAGUGUGAGUGCAUUAGUUAGUUUUGUUUGUUUGUUUAUUUUGUGUGAAUGAUUCAUUAAGAAAGCAUAAAUUAUUUAUUAUUCCAAUUUGUAAAUAACAAAAAACACAAUUUGCAUAAUUUCUUGUAAAACUCUUUGAUGAUCUUUAAUCAUAUCUCAUGUGUGAACAUAUUAUCUUUUUUAGUUUUAAAUAUUAAUUUAUUUUGAUUUAUUCAAAAAACACUGUAUGCGAUAUUUGCAAAUGUGACUAACUGUAUAAAUUGUUUAGUUUUUAAGUUAUAAACGACAACAAAAAAACAAAAACAUAA